CAAGUGAGGGGAGCUCAAGGCAGACUUGCCGUUCCAGAGCCCGCCGACUGCUUGUUCCUUCCGAUAUAUCUGAAUCGCUUGGUUUCAACGGUGGAUGCCCUCCUCCGUAUUUAACGGUCCAUCAGAUCGAGCAUAGAAUCCAUCCCCACCGCUCCGGAGCUGGGGAAAUCGGAUAUCCACCGGAUCCUUUCCAGGCUGGCGAUAAACCCUGCGAUCCCGCGAGCACGCCAUCAUGGAAUCCUCUGAUUUGACCGCACCACACGCCAGGGAGACCGGCGCUUCAUCUCCCACGCAUCGAUCUUCAUCUCCUCAUUCGUCUCACAAUGUGCCACGCCGCAUGUCUCCCCUCAGUGCAAAGCGUCAAUCGGUCACCGUGCCGGCCCACGGCCAAUCCCCGUCGGUCGACGAAGUCACCCCGAUCGUGAGCAACUCCGACACCUCUCGCCGAAAUUAUCACUCGACCGAUGGUUUGAGGAAUAGGGACUCGGCCUCCGGGAAUGGUCGUCCCGAAAACGCUUCCCAACAAGCCUCAGAUCCCCAGGCGGGCGCGGAGGACCCCCGCGACUCGUGGUACAGCCGCAUUGCCGAUAGGUACGGCAGUCUAGAACUGGAGAAUAAGGGCAGUGUUGCCCGAGAUCACCUCGCUCUGGAACGGACGUUUUUGGCAUGGCUGAGGACUUCGCUGGCCUUUGCAUCCAUUGGCAUCGCGGUGACCCAGCUGUUCCGCCUCAACAGCGCUUCAGCCGACGCAAAUACGGCAGAUUAUUCGUCGCUGUCGUCCCCAGUAUACGAUCCCGCGGCCAUCAGGUUGGCAUCCACUUCGUCUCGCCUCCGCAGUAUCGGCAAGCCGUUGGGCACCACCUUCAUCGGGGUUGCCGUUGUGAUCUUGCUCGUUGGAUUCCACCGUUACUUUGAGAGUCAGUACUGGAUCAUCAGGGGCAAGUUCCCAGCCAGCCGUGGCAGUGUUGCGUUGGUUGCGUUUGUCGCUUGCGCCUUGAUCGUAACCGCUUUUGUUGUUAUUCUCGCGAUCUCACCGGGCGCUGCCGAGUUAUAGGGUGAGUGGGAUUCAACGUUUCAUCUCCAGAGGAGAUUGUUUCGGGGCAUGAAACCGGAGAGGGGUUGCCUUUUCUCUGCUUACCCCUUGGGAUUCUCGGUUUUUUCUACGUUAAAGCGCGCGUCUGCAGAAAUUGGGGGUCCAGGGUAGAUGCCGUGCCCUCGUGUUACCUCGGAGCUUUUUUUUCUUGUAUAUAUCUAGAGUGAUUUAAAGGAGAUGGUUUCAUAGGACCAUAGCUAUCAACCGGGAAUGUGCAAUGCAAGGUAUUUAGCCGACC